CUUCAAAGUGGGAGCGCUUUCGAAAUCCCAGAUCAAAAUCCUAGGGUUUUUCCAUCGUCGCGUCAGUCGCGUGUCAGCAACUUAGACGAGGCAAACGCAUAUAAUUGCCUACUGAACUCCCCGCUUUCAAGCUUUCCUUCAACUCCUUCGCCAUAUUCAGGUAGUGUAUAGGGAAAUGAAUUCAACGGUGCAGAGAACGCCGAAAUCUACAAGGCAGUCAUUGUUCUUCCAGGAUUUAGCGACGCCUGUUUCUUCUCGAAAAUCGUCUGGUAAAUUUACGACUCCAGGUCAAGCAGCAGCUGUUUCGGCUCUAUGGCGAGAGAAUUUUUCGAAUUCUGAUCUCCCGCCACCCCCUAUGUUCACACUUGAAGACCGGUCUGACUUUUCUCCGGAAUCUGGGAUUCCAGAUUAUCCUAUGUCCUCGGAGGGGAAAUCUGAUCCUAGGACACCAGUUCAAGGUGCUAGUAGGGAUUUUUGGACUCCUAAGAGUAACAAGUCUGAGGCAAGCACGGCAUAUGCUGUAAUGGGAAAUAGGGACCAGCAUCAGAGUCAACAUAAUCCUGUUGCGAGCUCAAGUUGGUGGUCACCUGCCAAGAGUGGGGGUAGUGCCGAGCCUGAUGAUAAGGGGAAGGGCUCACCGGUGGAAGGGGUGGUUCAGCCUGGUGCUUUAAUAAUGCUACCUCCACCAAGGGAAGUUGCAAGGCCAGAGAUAAAGAAGAAUUCAAUACCCGUGGGUAACCUGGAUGAGGAGGAGUGGGUCACUGUAUAUGGGUUUUCUCCAGCUGAGACCAAUUUAGUUUUGCGAGAAUUUGAAAAGUGUGGUGUUAUUCUGAAACACAUUCCUGGUCCCCGGAAUGCUAAUUGGAUGCACAUUUUGUAUCAGAAUCGUGCUGAUGCACAUAAAGCUCUUAGCAAAAAUGGGAUGCAAAUAAACGGAGUUCUUAUUAUUGGAGUGAAACCAGUGGAUCCAAUGCAACGUCAAGGCCUGACCGAAAGGCUUAACAAUCAUGGAUUUGUACCUUUACCCCUUGCACCCUCGAGCAAAACCCCAGAUUCUAUCCCCUUCAGAACGUCUUCACAGCCACACUACCUUCAGAAUGGCAGUAGCAGUGGCAGACAGUCUGCUGGAACGGUCGCAGCACCAGCCAAAUCUGUAGUGUCCAAAGUCAUGGACUUAAUGUUUGGCGUCUAGUUGCAUUCUCAGCACUAUAUCAUGCCAUGCUUCCUACAUCCUAUUGAUCUUUUAUAUACAUUGCUUUUCCAAGAUGAAUCACAAUUGUAAUCACAUCGUGCCCUGUUGAGAUUUGAAUCUGUAUUUUGCGGAGUCUUUUUCACUUAGGUCGGGUUACUUGAACAAAAGAUGGUAUGCUAUAUUUAUAUGUUGAAAUUCUGUCAAAGUGACAGGUUGAAAUCAACUUGUUAUUUCUUGUUUCUCUGUUAA